AUUAAAAAUGAACAUAUGGACCCAAAGUUUACCUAUUCAGCAUUAAGAUCAACAGAUGUACCAUACAAAGAAUAUGAAAGUGACAAGUACGAUUUAAAAUUUGUUCAAAUUAUUACAAGACAUGGUAGAAGAACACCAGAAUCCAAGAGAUAUCCAUUAACAAUGUGGAUUUGCAAUUCACUAGAUCAAUUAAUUACCAAUAAAGAUGAGGAAAGACCAGAAUGUAAUAUGGGUCAAUUAACAGUCUUGGGUAUUCAAGAUCAAAUCAACGUUGGUAAAGCAUAUAAAAAAUUAUUUAUUGAUCAUCUUCAUUUCUUAGAUAAAGAUUACAACUCCAAACAAAUUUUUAUUAGAUCAACAAAUAGAGAAAGAACUAUUUCAAGUGCUAGAUCAUUAAUGCAUGGACUUUAUGGUGGUUCAUUCUCUGAUAAUCAAGAAAAAUCACCACACCAUAGUUCAUUCUAUAUUAUGAAUGAAGCUGAUGAGAAUAUGUAUCCAAGAUCCUCACCAAGAUAUAAUUUCUUAAAAUCAUUAUUAAAAAAACAUAGAGAUGUAAUUGAAGAAAAUAAAAAAAGCAAAUUAGAGGACUUUACAAAAAAAAUUCAAAAGAUUUUUGAGGAUAGCAAAUUUGAUACAGCAUUUUAUGUACCAACUUGGAGAUCAUAUGCAGGUUUAGUAAAUUCAUUUGAUUGUUUCAGAAACAAUGGAUUACCAUUACCAAAAGGUUUCACACCAGAGAUUAUUGAAAGAAUGUAUGCUGAAAGUGCCAAAGAGUUCAAAUCAAUGAGAUUUUUCCCAGAGAUGUCCCAACUUGGUAUCGGUCGUUUCGUUAAUGACUUGAAUAAACAAAUGUAUCUUAAAGGUGUCAAUGACUCAUCUGUUAAAGAUUUAAAACUAGCCCUCUACUCUGGCCAUGAUACUACUUUAGCUGCCUUAUUAGUCGCCUACGAUAUGUAUGAAGAUAAUAGACACCCAGUAACAUCAUCCGCUUUAGAAUACCUUUUAUUCCAAGAUAAAAACUAUGAAGCACCAUCAAGAUUCGGCAGAUCCAACGAAAAGGAACUCAUCAAUCAUCAAUAUGUUAAAGUUAUUUAUAAUCAUAAACCAGUUCACAUUGGUGAAUGCAAAGAUAAAGAAGUUGAUGGCAUGUGUCCACUCUCUGAAUUUAUUAAAAUUUCCCAAUCUAUUAUUCCAAAGGACUAUGAGCAACAAUCAAAGAUCUCGGAUGAACAAAAGAAAAUGUAUGCAAAUUUAGUAAAAUAAAUCAAUGACAAUUUAAAAGGGUAUACAAAAGUUGUUUUUUUUUUUAAAAAUAUUUUUUAAAUAAAUAAUAUUAACUAUAUAUCAAUAUCUCAAUAAAAGUAUUUAUUGUAAUAUUAAAGAUAAUAAAAAAACCAAUUUAUUUAAUAC